UACUGCUCCCCUGUACUUGCCGAAUAUAAACAGUUUUGAACUACAAGUGCUGAACGGGUAGCGCAGUCGCAGAUGAUGGGUCGAAAAAGCGCAUGCGAUUCUUAAAUGAUUCCAGGACCCCACCGGUGUCGUCGACCGAACCGCGAGGAAAUUCUGUUACCCCGGGAAGACGUGGAAUUUCAAAAUGGCAGAGCGGGCCAAUAACUUUCCACCCCUGCCCAAGUUUGUAAAAAUAAAGCCAUGUUUUUACCAGAACAUUGAAGAGGAAAUACCUGGGCCCCACCAGCUGCUGGUGCACAGAGUCUAUAUCCUCUGGAUGAUGUAUUCAGGAACACUGAGCGUAAAUUUGAUCGGAUGUAUUGCUUGGUGGGCCGGGGGUGGAGGUGCCACAAACUUUGGCUUUGCCCUGCUUUGGCUCAUCCUCUUCUGCCCCUGUAGUUACACCUGCUGGUUCCGACCACUCUACAAAGCUUUCAGGGCUGACAGCUCGUUCAACUUCAUGGCCUUCUUCUUCGUCUUCUUCCUUCAGUGUGUCCUGGCCCUCAUCCAGGCCAUUGGCAUCCCUGGUUGGGGAACAUGCGGCUGGAUUGCAACAGUGCUGUUUUUCAGCCAAAAUGUGGGCUCCGCUAUAGUGAUGCUUAUCACAACUCUGCUCUUCACUCUGGUGACUGCUUUAAUGGCACUGGUUCUCAUUAAGGUGCACAGACUGUACCGUGGUGGUGGCGGUAGUAUGCAGCGAGCUCAGGAAGAGUGGAGCACUGGGAUGUGGAAGAGUGCACCGGUGAGGGAAGCAGGGUUUAACGCCGUUGCUCAGACUGCCCAAGGCCCAAGUUUGCCACAGUACCCUACGGCGGUGCCCAGCUAUCCCGACAACAGUCAUUGGUGAUGACCAAGAUUCGCCUCUAGGGGGAGACAGAUAACUGGCAGUUUAACCAAUGUUCAAGAAAGCACUUCAAAAACGCCAUUUCUUUAAUCCUUACAUUUCAAAGUAUACAGGUGUGUUUUAUGAGAGGACAGAGUUUUAUCAGAAAGCCUCUACACAUGUGGUAGAGGACUAUCCUUACAUUAUGCCAUUCCAUUUCAGCUUUGUUUACAUCUAGUCCUUAAAAUGAAUGACUCAAUUGGAAAUGGAAAAAAAGUGAACACUUUCAAGAGUGUGUGAGAGAUGUGUGCCUUAUAGACCUCUAUAAAAGGAUUGUUUUUGUAUAUUGCCAGAAUUGCAUGCUAGAAAUAGUGGUAUGCUGAAGAGCAGGGUUUUUUUUUUUUCUUUUUUGCAAGAAGACAGUGUGCAAACUGGUGAUUUUUUUUAUUUUUUUUAUUUUAUGUAUUUGGGCAUAAAUUGAGCUUAUUUUUGAUAGUCUGCUUGAUAUGUCCACGCUUGCCUGUGAUGUACUGAAAUGCGCCUUAUUGUUGUGUGCAGAUAUUUGCAUGUUUAAAAAAAAAAAAAAAGCCUGAACACCUGAUUUUUGCCUUAACAAACACUGUCUUUAAUUAUUUUUUUUGUAAAACUGGAUGCUUCAGUGAAGCAACUCAUUGAGCCAAAACACUUUCCACUAUUACGCCACGGGGGGGGGUCUCCGCCUCAGUAUUUCACAAUUCCUGUUGUUUCAAAGCUAUACUGUUUGCUUUUAGUGGUCAGCGCCCUGCAGUGACAGCACCUUAUCAGCUGUUGUCAAACUUCCAGUAACUUUCAAUUUUCUCCCAGAUAGACUGAAUUAUUGCAUCUGGGGUCUACAGUGUGUUGCAUGCAGCCUGCUAUGGGAUUCUGAAUGAAGGGGAUUCCCUUAUUACAAAUGAACUGAUGUCAUGUAAACAGUAGAAACUGGUACAAACCGCUGGCUGAGUGAACUAAUGCAUGCAGAUGUGGUAACAAAUUGUUUAAACUGACUGAAUUUAUUCCUACGGAUGCUUGCUGAAAAGCCUUAUUUAGAGGAAUUAUUGCAUUUUUCUUUUUUUUUUCUUUUAAAGAAAUAUGUAUAUAUGCUGGUAAUGCAACACCAUUGAUCAAGAUAAAGCUUGUUUGAAGUAAAAGCGCCAUCAUAGAGAACGGUUGCUCCCUCAUAGAUACACAACUUUUUUUUUUUCUUUUCAACAUACUGAAGUGCCCUUUAUGGCCAACUGCCAAAUUUAAUAUUUUGAUUUUUGUGAUAUUUGAUGAGUGACUGAUAAAAUGGAUAUGGUGAACUAACACUGCUGCAGCAUUUCAAUAAAUCUUAUUCACAUUG